UCCAACCUUACAGUUUGCUUUUACAGUAUUUGGAUAACAACAGCUUGUUCUGAAAAAAUACUUUUAUUCUGAAAAUUGAUCGUUAUGUUUGUGUAUUUUAGGAUAAAAUGAUGCUCGCUGCAUGUCUACGGUUUUAUUUGGGAAAGUAUUUUUAACAGAGGUUAAUAAAACCAGCGUUGUUAGAGCCAGAUGGGGAGGAGUAGAAGUAGAUGUGUAUUUCAGAUACAGGCAAAUGGAAAAGAUCAUUGCCUGAAACAUGUCAGUGUUUAAUGGAUGUCAGCGUGCAAAGAUACUGCUCCUUAAAACUAACAUGCUUCUUAGGAAAGAGCUGUCAUAACUGAUAGUUUAAAUCUUUUGCAGACAGAGGGGAAGUCAGAAAAAGAAAACUUGUUUAAUAUUUUUUUCUUCCAAUAGUUACAUGUGUUUUUAAGCAGCACUCAGGAGUAAGAAUAAAAACUAUAGCUUACCCAGCCCACGGAGAACACUUCUCUGUGCAGGUGUGUGUCUGUAAUUCUUCAUGGGGCUGACUGUAUGCACCUUGUCGUGUCAAACAAUAGGAGCAAAUCAUGUGAGGGAACCUAAGUUUGGCUUAUUUUUUUCUUUUACUUGUGAGUAAUGACUUGGCUGAAUUAUGUGAUGUGAGUUUUUUAGUUGCAGCUGAUUAAUACUUAAUUUCCCCCAUGAACCAAGGAGCAAUGCUAUGAAGCUUUUUCAAGAUUCUUGUUGGAUUGUAGUGCAGGUUUUGAGUGCUUACUACUCUGUUGUGACUGGAAGAACAUCAGCAUGAAAAUGAGAGAGAUCUGGCCCUUUUCGGAGUUCUUGCUGUGGUCUUAGGGAUGAAGCCUUGCAAUUUACUUCAGACUGUUGUCAACCAGAAGGAUUUAGAAUAAUGAGAAGGCUGUGACCAUCAAGGGGGGAUGUCAGCGCUGCCUUCCUGGGACUGGAGGAUUGAAAAGGAGAAAGGACCAGAACUGUUUGAUCCAGGCUGCUUUUGACUGCUGACGCAAGCUGCUGAACCCUGGUGGUGGUGGAAGAGCAGGGCAGUCAUUCCUGAUUGCUUCUGUGGUAUCACCACAGCAGGGCCACCAUGAAUGUCACAAGUUUAUUCUCCUUCACCAGCCCAGCAGUGAAGAGGCUGUUGGGGUGGAAGCAAGGGGAUGAAGAAGAGAAAUGGGCAGAGAAAGCUGUUGACGCAUUAGUGAAAAAGCUGAAGAAGAAAAAAGGUGCCAUGGAGGAGCUGGAAAAAGCACUAAGCUGUCCUGGUCAGCCCAGCAACUGUGUGACAAUUCCUCGUUCCUUGGAUGGCCGGCUGCAGGUGUCACACCGGAAAGGGCUCCCACACGUCAUUUACUGCAGAGUGUGGCGCUGGCCGGACCUGCAGAGCCAUCACGAACUGAAACCUCUGGAAUGCUGCGAGUUCCCCUUUGGUUCGAAACAGAAGGAGGUUUGCAUCAAUCCCUACCACUACAAGCGGGUGGAAAGUCCUGUUCUUCCUCCAGUGCUGGUUCCGAGGCACAGCGAGUACAACCCCCAGCACAGCCUCCUGGCGCAGUUCCGCAACCUGGGACAGAACGAGCCCCACAUGCCGCACAACGCGACUUUCCCGGACUCCUUCCAGCAGCCCAACAGUCACCCGUUCCCCCACUCGCCCAACAGCAGCUACCCAAACUCACCUGGAAGCAGCAGUAGCACCUACCCACAUUCUCCAGCCAGCUCAGACCCAGGAAGUCCUUUCCAGAUGCCAGCUGAUACUCCCCCGCCCACUUACCUGCCUCCGGAAGAUCCGAUGACACACGAUACCUCCCAGCCCAUGGAUACCAACAUGAUGGCACCUGCAAUUCCCCCUGAUGUGCACAGAGGAGAUGUCCAGGCAGUUGCAUACGAAGAGCCGAAGCACUGGUGCUCCAUCGUCUACUACGAGCUGAACAACCGCGUCGGGGAGGCGUUCCACGCGUCCUCCACCAGCAUCCUGGUGGAUGGCUUCACUGACCCCUCCAACAACAAGAACAGGUUCUGCCUGGGGCUGCUCUCCAACGUCAACCGCAACUCCACCAUUGAGAACACGAGGCGGCACAUUGGCAAAGGUGUCCAUCUCUACUACGUUGGCGGGGAGGUGUACGCUGAGUGUCUGAGCGACAGCAGCAUCUUUGUGCAAAGUCGGAACUGCAACUACCACCACGGGUUCCAUCCCACCACGGUCUGCAAAAUCCCCAGUGGCUGCAGCCUGAAGAUUUUCAAUAAUCAAGAGUUUGCUCAGCUCCUGGCUCAGUCUGUGAACCAUGGCUUUGAGACAGUGUAUGAGCUUACUAAGAUGUGCACUCUCCGGAUGAGUUUUGUAAAGGGUUGGGGAGCUGAAUAUCAUCGCCAGGAUGUAACAAGCACUCCAUGCUGGAUAGAGAUACAUCUCCAUGGUCCCCUUCAGUGGCUGGAUAAAGUACUUACUCAGAUGGGCUCUCCUCAUAAUCCUAUUUCUUCAGUGUCUUAAAAGGUCCCAAGCUCCUGCAUUUUGGAAACAGUUGAGCCUUGCAUGUACUUGAAAGAUGUAUGAGUCAGACACACGUUUUUAUUUCCCCCCCCCCCUCAACUGGCAGCAGCUGAAAAAGAGCCAUGAAAACACUUGACUUCUGUGACCAACUGUUGGAUUCAGAAAACAAAGAUAAAUAAACCCCUUUGACAUACUGUUGGUAUAAAGAAUUUUAGUUUACAUUGUAAUGUACUAUUGUGGAGUUGAUUUACAGGGCUUAGUACAAGAGGGACGACAGAGCCAAAGCCAAACUCAGUGUGCUGGACCGAGUUCCCGAAGGAUUUUUCUGCAGCCGGCAUUCUUAAGGUUCUCCUUCCUUACAUUCAGCACUCACUGGUUUCCCCAUGUCCUCUGGAGCUAACAGUGGAUGUUGGCCAAGUCUGCUUUUUGCAGCCUCUCUCCAGUACUUCUUAGAAACAUUACAUUGAUGGUUGCUGUUCUCUCUAAAAGUAAAAGAAAGCAUAAGGUUUAAUCUCAAUAACUGUGUGCUAUCUCUGAAAUUGUGUCCUGACCAUACUGCUGUAAGAAUGUUAGGUAUGUUCUUUUGCUAAAUGUAUGUAUGGUGUAUUUGAAAGUUUAGAAAUUAAUUAGAUUUAGACCAUAAAGGAAUUAGGAAUAUUUGAAUGGGGGGAGGUGGGAGUGGGAGGGGACAAUGACAACUGAAAUGUAGAAUAUAUUGUAAACAUAGCGUGUUAGUUUAAACUGAGGUCUGAAUUUUGUUGUGUAUUUUGUUUUCAUAGUGGGCUUCAUCUUGUUAGUUCUGACUAAUUUUGCCUCUUCCUUUUCCCCCAAAGCAAUUGUGCAGCUUCUUUUACCCAUGAAGAGGACAAAAUGAUUAAUUACUGCAGUUUGAAGGCUGCAGCUCUAUGUAUUUCAUGACAAAUUUGUACAGAGUGCUCUUUAACUAUUGAGCAGUUUUAUACAGUUUAUGUAACAAAAGUAUGCUUUUAAUUUUGUGAGAGAAUCUUGUUUUGCCAAACCUAGUAACUGUUAAUUGUUUGGAGGACUUCAGUAUCCCUGUGGGGGUCUAUUUCAAACUUUAAAAAAUUAUAUAUAUUUUUAAUUUUUUUUUUCCUGCUUGGUUUAUUUUUUUCUGUUUGCUCUUUUAUAUUCAUGUAAGCUGUAGUACUUUCAAGUACUUUUAUUCCAAAACUAGUGGGUUCUCUUUACUGGAAAUUUUGAAUAAAACCUGUUGUUACUGCUUACAUUUUAUUAAAA